AAUAAAUAGACAAAAUGGCGCUGAUGUUUGUUGAAACAGCGCUAUCUUGUUGUUGAAAAUAAUAACAAAAUUGUAAAUAAAGCAAUGCUGUGUUUGUUUAUUUAUAAUUAAAAAAUAAUAAAUUAGUAUAUAAAUAUUGUUUAGACAUUUGUAUUAUUCAAUUUGAUAAUAAGAAUAAUAAUGGAAUUAUCAACAAGUGAUGAGAGUGAAAACCAACAACAAUUUAAUCAUGAUGAUUUAGUUAAAUUAACAAAAGAUGCAAUUGAAAAAAUAAUUGAAAGUGAUCCAUUGUUUAGUGGUUUACAUGGUGAAGCAACAAUUGAUGAAAUUAAAGCACAAACAGCUGUUGCACAAGGACAAGCAAUAACACUAUAUUUAAAUCGUGGUAAAUUAUCAAAAUUAUCAAUUGUCGUUGCUCCAAAUAAUACAACAAUAAAUGAUUUAAAAAAAUCAAUAAAACGUCAAACAAAUUUAUCAUUAAUAAGAAAAAAUAUUAUUAAAAAAAUAAGUUGGAAAAGUGUAUGGAAAAAAUAUGAUUUAUGUUUUGAUGAUGUUGUGCUUGAUGAUGACAAUGAAAAUAUUAAAACUUAUGGUAUUUCAAAUAGAACAGAAUUACAUUAUAAAAAAAAAAUUUAUAAAAAAUAAUAGCUUGUAUAAUAUUAAUUAUUAAUUAUUAAUAAAUUUU